CAAGCCCAGCGAACACCCCUCUACUCGCCUUUCUCAAAAUUCUUCCUCGUCCGUCCAAUGGUCCCUCGAUAGUUGCCGCGCCCGAGAUAUCUACCCCAUGGAGCAGACCUUCGAUCUCCCGGACUCGACUGAUUGGCUCGACACGCCACUGUCACUUGUCGCGCCCCUCGAGUCUUCGCUCCGAUGCCAGGUCUGCAAGGACUUCUUCGACAAUCCCGUGAUUACCUCGUGCAGCCAUACCUUCUGCUCGCUCUGUAUUCGGCGGUGUCUAAGCACGGAAGGGAAAUGUCCUGCGUGUCGAAGCUCAGAUCAAGAAUUGAAGUUGCGGCGGAAUUGGGCUGUACAGGAACUAGUCGAGGCGUUUCAGAAUGCUAGACCCAGUGUCUUGGGGCUCGCAAAGAAGGCUAAUACGCCGGAAAAUGGUACUAGUGACGGCGACUCGGAGGGGCCAGCAUCAAAGAAGAGGAAGGUUGAGGUGGUAGAGGGGCCUGCUGCUACGGCUUCGGACGGCGUGAGGACUCGAUCGCAAACCAGAGGGGUGGGCUCUCAGGAAGACCCGGUCGCGAUCGAGGUGAUUGAGGACAGUAACGACGAAGAAUACGUUCCGGAGGACGGACUGGUCGCGUGCCCGAUUUGCAGCCGGAGGAUGAAGAAUGAAGCCGUUUUUCGACAUCUGGAUACCUGCACCGGCGAGCCGGUACCACCAAAACAGUUGAACUUUGGAUCGUUACAGCCCAUGUCGCCGGCGUCGCGGAGAUCAAAAGAUUUCAUGAACAAGCCGCCCGAACGACUCCCGAUAAUAAAUUAUUCUCUAUUGAAAGAUACUGUGCUCCGGAAAAAGUUAAAAGAUUUGGGUAUACCGAACACGGGCCCGCGGCCCCUCCUGCAACGACGCCACACCGAGUGGAUGAAUCUAUGGAAUGCCAACUGCGACUCCAAAACGCCGAAGUCCAAACGAGAAUUGCUGAGGGAACUGGAUAUUUGGGAACGUACGCAAGGCGGCCAAGCACAGCCAUCGGGGGACAUUACCGAUACCGUAAUGCGCAAGGAUUUCGAUGCGACAGCAUGGUCAACGAAUCAUGAAGAUGACUUUAAGCGGCUGAUUGCGAAUGCGCGAAAGAAAGCCGGGGCCCAGGCGCGCACAACGAUAGCGCAAGCACCUGCAGACACGAACCAGCCUCCUACUGUGCCCAUUAUCGAAGCCACCAUCGCGACAGAAGAUGUUCAGCCAGUGGACAAGUUGCCCGUAGCGGACGAACCCGUAAGCGUCGCAGAAAACGGGGUCCAGGGAUUCCAGGGGCCAAGUGAUUUCCAGAUGAGCAACACGAACAGUUAA